GAUGGGCAUACGGGCGUGGACGACGUACGCGCCACGGCCAUCCACAUGAUUAGAAGAUCCGUGACAGGAGAGGCACUCGCUCCCACGUACGUGAACGUCACCCCGGUGCAUUUGGAUGCAAAGUCAGCCCACAGACUGACAGCUCUGAGCUGGAAAUGUUACGUGUUUUUGGAGGAAAAUCCUGUUUGAAUGCGCCGGACCUCCGGACAGCUGGUUGAGCAGCACGGACAGGGACUGUCGGGAGCGUUUUAAUCUGUCGCUAAAUUGGACCUAAAUGUUUCCCCAGACUUGGAUGCAAACCAUACGCCCAUGCGACGGUUGUCAGUGGAUGUUGCUGUUCUCAGUGUGCAGGUUAGGUUACAGUAAACGCGAAUUGUUUACGUAUUGAAAUAUAAGACGCUGUUUGGGAACGACGCAAGGAGCGACUGGAUACACAUUUUACGCACAGAUAAUCGUAUUCCUAUCAUAUUAUUAUUAUUUAUAAAGAAAACACAGUGGAUCUUUUCAUCGCCUCUCGUAUCUCGUCCACUCAGAUCAUGGAUACUGUAUUACAGCAAUCGCUCCAUGCAAACCUUGGCUGAGAAUAUAUUCCACCUUAUUGUCACCGUGUGACGACUUCUGCCUUUCCCAAAGAAGGAACGUGGAGGUUUUAAACCCCAGACCAUCGCAACAGCUCUGUGCACUGAGGAUGUAAAAGCUGCCAUGCGUCCCCGGAAAGCAGCAGGAUAAUGAUAAAUGCUGGCAUCUCUUUUCUGCCUCCCGUGAAGAGGACUUUCUUGUCCAACCGACCGCUCGUCACCAUCACAAAUGUAGCCCGGCGGAGGCGACUGAACCAGGCCGCUGCACAGAGACGGAGGUGGGUUUGUUGUGCUUGGAUGGAUGCUGAACAUGGUGCCACUUCACAGCUCUGUAUUGAAUACCUGCCGCCCAGUCGCCUGCUUGUUUCUCUAAACCACCAGCUGUGUUAAAAUGGACGGGCCCUUUUUGGUUAAGGCUAUUCAGGGACGCUGAACCGGCUCACGAGUGGCCAUGAAUGUAGGAUUUAGCCUGGACCGGCUUGUGGGGAUGUAGGGUGAAUAUCCGCGGAUAUUCCCGAGCGCAAUCUAGAAGAGAAGACAGCCCAUAUUCACGGAGAUGGCUGGCGGGGGAGGCGCGUCUACACUGGGCUGGAUGAGAAAUAAUAAGGACCCCCGCUCAGAGGAUUUUCUCAGCUCACACACAGACAUGUUUUUUUUAUUGGCAGCUUAACAGUUCAUUUCCAUCCUAAAUUAACCUGACGAUCAGCUGUGGUUUCAUCAUCACAUCAGUGGCUGAUGAAACUGUCUCUGUAGCUCUCGGAGACAAUGUGCCAAUUGGGCUGAAAUUAACCACUCAAGAGUUCAUUUGGGAUAAUACUGUAAAACUUAACAGACAUAACAAGCCCAGGCUUGGUAUUAACUUUGUCAUUAGAGCAAUACAGGGAAUUGACAGUAACUAUAUAAUUGUUUUAGUUGAAGGAGUGAGAAAACCCCCCCCCCUAACUGGUUAGCAAGUCAUCUGACUGAAAGCAUCUUACUACGGGUUUCAUCACACCUUCUUUUCUUUAGAUAGACUCAUUCAUGUCUCUUUGUGGCAGCUCUUUACACGACACAGUUGUGAAAUUAGUCAGUUAGGUUUUGGGGGCACACACUCAUAGAUCUGCCCUGCUGAGUGUCAUUGUUUGACCUGAUGUAGGCUACAGUGGCCCUGAAUGAACUUGCCUUUGGGAAUACAUGUUACUUACAAACUGCGUAGCAACAGCACAGCGGGAACUGGUGACAGGAUUUGGCACUGAUUCAACAGGGAGAUGUGGUGAUGGGGGAGAGCAGCUCGUUGAGCCUCUGAUCCUUUCUCCCCUCCUCUGGUGGUCGAGGACACCUCCUCUCAGUCAAUGGGCCCUGUAUGGAUUUUGUGCCUGAGUUGACAGAGGGCAGGCCUACAGCAUCAAACAGAAGUCAGGCUGCCAUGAACCCAUACGGCAGAGCGAGCAGCACAUCGGCCCCCCUGUCCUGCACCAGCUGUGGGGGCUGCUGCUCUCCGCCUCCCCCUUGCCUAAUCCCCCCUGGACCCCCCUUCUCUACUACCUCCUCCUCUUCCAUUCCCCCGAAUAUGACCCCUCCGCCACCGAUGUAUCCCACUCCAGUCGUGCAGGUGGAGAACGGUAGCAGCUGGAACUCCUCCACCAUCUCCUCCUCCGGCUCCCCAGACUCCCACCCUGGUCACCGAUGUGGGGCCAACAACCCCAACUCCUACUGGACAGCAGUGUUUGACUAUGAGGCCACAGCAGACGAGGAGCUCACCCUGCGGCGCGGGGACCUUCUUGAGGUUCUCUCCAAAGACUCCAAAGUGUCCGGGGAUGAGGGAUGGUGGACGGGGAAGAUCCAGGACAAGGUGGGUAUCUUUCCAUCCAACUAUGUCACAAGGGGAGACGCUACUAGUUACCAACAGCUAACAGCUGGAGGGCUGGUGGCCGGUGGUGUGGGAGUAUGUCCUUUGGAGAUUGACUUUUCAGAACUGCUCCUGGAGGAGGUGAUAGGAGCUGGUGGCUUUGGGAAGGUGUACAAAGGAGUGUGGCGAGGAGAGGAAGUGGCGGUAAAGGCCGCCAGACAAGACCCAGAUGAGGAUAUUAGUGUCACAGCAGAGAGCGUGCGGCAGGAGGCCCGCCUGUUCUGGAUGCUACGGCACCCCAACAUUAUCAGCCUCCGAGGGGUCUGCCUGCGGGAGCCCAACCUCUGCUUGGUGAUGGAGUAUGCCCGAGGAGGGGCUCUGAACCGGGCCCUGGCUGGGAAGAAGGUUCCCCCAAGAGUUCUGGUGAACUGGGCGGUCCAGAUUGCCACAGGGAUGGACUAUCUGCACAACCAGGCAUUUGUACCUAUCAUCCACAGAGACCUCAAGUCCAGCAAUAUCCUCAUUCUGCAGCCGGUGGAGCGGGACGACCUGAGCGUGAAGACCCUGAAGAUCACGGACUUUGGCCUGGCCAGAGAGUGGCACCAGACCACCAAGAUGAGCGCGGCGGGGACGUACGCCUGGAUGGCCCCGGAGGUCAUCAAGCUCUCCCUCUUCUCCAAGAGCAGCGACGUCUGGAGUUUCGGCGUGUUGCUCUGGGAGCUGCUGACCGGAGAGGUUCCUUACCGCGAGAUAGACGCUCUGGCGGUGGCUUAUGGUGUCGCCAUGAACAAGCUGACGCUGCCCGUCCCCUCAACCUGCCCCGAACCCUUUGCUCAGCUACUGGGAGAGUGCUGGAGCCCCAACCCUCACAGCCGGCCCUCGUUCGCCAACAUCCUGAGGCGACUGCUGGCCAUCGAGCAGUCGUCCAUGUUUCAGAUGCCUCUCGAGUCCUUUCACUCCUUACAAGAAGACUGGAGGCUGGAGAUCCAGCAGAUGUUCGAUGAGCUCAGGGCCAAAGAGAAGGAGCUCAGAUCAUGGGAGGAGGCGUUGGCGCGAGCGGCCGAGGAGCAGAGGGAGCAGGAGGAGCAGCUGAAGAGGAGGGAGCAGGAGCUGGCGGAGAGGGAGAUCGACAUCGUGGAGCGAGAGCUGAACAUCAUCAUCCACCAAAUGUACCAGGAGAAACCCAGCGUCAAGAAGAGGAAGGGCCACUUCAAGAAGAGCCGGCUGCUGAAGCUGGGCAGAGACAGCAACUGCAUCAGUCUGCCCUCUGGCUUCGAGCAUAAGAUCACGGUGCAGGCGUCCCCCAGCGUGGACAAGAGGAAGACCCAGGGGAGCGAGAGCACCACGCCACCUGCCAGCCCAGGGGUCAUACCCCGACUCAGAGCCAUCAGACUGACGCCGAGCGAUGGCAGUAAGACGUGGGGCCGCAGCGCUGUGUGUAAGAAGGAAGACCUGACGACCAACAAGAAGAAGGGGCGCACCUGGGGCCCGAGCUCCACCCACCAGAAGGAGAGGGUCGGCGGGGAGGAAAAGCUGAAAUCUCUGGGUGAAGGAUGCAAGGUUUGGUCGUCCAGUGCACCAAAUCUGGGGAAGUCCCCCAAACACGCUCCCAUGACUGGUGGCUUCUCCAGCCUCAAUGAAAUGGAGGAGUGCGGCGAGUUCGAGGAAUCGCCGGGGUCCUUAAUGCCCUCGGAGACCAGCAGCAAUGGAGUCAUGGAGGACUCGGGGACUCCGUGGAGCGGCCUGGGGCCCAACAUGGCGUCCGCUGUUGGUAAUAUGAGCUCCUGUCAGGGGCUCGGAGGCGUCGGGACGGGAGUCAGCAACCAGGACUCGCUCCGCCGCUGCAGCCAGAGGAAGAAAAGUGACAUGCUGCUGUUGGGCUGCGCCUCCCUGCUCGCCUCCGUGGCUCUGGGACAAGACCUGAUGCAGCUGGGAAAACUGCAGGUGCUUCAGGACGAGCAGGACCUCAGAGAGGAGCAGCGUAAGAAGAAGGAGGGUCUCUUCCAGCGGACGGGGCGUUUCCGUCGCAGCACCUCCCCACCCAGCCGCAACCUCUCCCUGUCCCUCUCCAGACACCACGACUCUACGCUUCCCUGCUUGGACCCUUCUCCCUCUGUAACACUCCUCUCUUUGUCCUCUCUGUCUGACUGCAACUCCACCAAGUCCCUCCUCCCCUCUGACCCAGAGGAGUUCCCCCUGACCCCGAUCGCCAGGGUCAAAACCCCGGCGGCCUCUCCGGCCCCCGCGCUCAACCCGCUCUUGGACCUGCGGGCCGAGAGCUUCAAGAAGGAGCCCAACCAGUCGCUCACGCCCACCCACGUGUCUGCAGCCAUGGCCCUGAACAGAGGACACAGACGCACCCCUUCGGACGGGGCGAUACGACCCAGGGCCCAGACUCUGGGACAUCGCAGGACGCCGUCAGACGGCAGCAUGCCCAUGCCUCCUCCGCCGGGAGCAGCACACCUCACUGCAAACAAAGGUGCACAGGAGUCCCGGGACAUCCCUCGACUCCCCGACCCCUCCGUCAUCUUCCCGGCCCCGCAACGGCGCAAAGCUCCCGCUCCACCGAUCCCCGACGUGGCUCCUCACAGUCUCAUCAGCCCCCUGGAGAGGCCCAAGACGCUGGAGUUCGCGCCCCGGCCGCGGCCCACGCCGGUCAAGAUAAGGGCCGACCCCUGGAAGCUGGGCUCCCUCUCCCGGACCCUGAGCUCGUCGCCUGGCAGCAGCUGCGACAGCCCCCUGGGGUCGGGGGACAGCAGCGCCAGCACCGCGCGGCCCAACCUGAUGGACAUGGACAUGGAGGGCCAGAGCUCGGACCCCACGGUUCCUCUGUGUGGGCAGCGCCAGCCCGCCACUCUGUGCGGACAACAAUACUCGUAGUGAAAAAAAACUACUCAUCUUUUUUUUUUUUUUUAUUGCAUUCAGACCUGUUCCAGAAAAUUAGAGCUUGGGCUGAAUGAGGAACGCCUACUGAUGUCUGAGCCGAGCAAAGUGCACUCAACUGAAGUUUGCAAAAAACAUCUCACUUCUUGUUUUUAGGCACUUACUGGAAGCCAUCCCUCUCCUGUGCCCUGCUAGUAUCCUAAUAAGGCGUACAACGCUUCUUACAUCAUCCCCGUAUAAACCUGCACGACACUGAGGGUCCUAGAGGCCUUUGAAACUUCCGUAGUGUCCUCCACCACUUUUCUCACCCUGCUUUACCUCUUAGUGCCCCCACAAUGUUUCCUUCAAAGCCAUUCAAGUACUUUUUGACUUUGCUACCUGGUCAUUUCACUUCAUCUCUUUGUGCUUUUGCCUGUCUGUGUAGCUCUGCACUUUCUGCUCGCAUCUCACCUGUCGCCCACUUACAAAAGACCAGAAAAACAUCCACGCUCACUCUUUCAUCUAAACAUUCCCUCGAGACAAAGAGGAGCCUGACUUUUUUUAAAAAAAAUCUCCAUAGAGAGUGGUCCUUCUUCUUAUUUUGCACACCGUUUGUUCUGCCGGCGCACCAGCAUCUCCCACAAUCUUCCUCCUCCAUCCUCACCUCACGUCACCUCCCUCCAAGACAGGAAGAAGCCUUCUCCCACAGUACUGGCGGACUGGUUACACCCUCAGCCUUGUAAAGUAAAGCGUUUAUUUGCUCAGUGCUGACACCAUCCCUGCUGCUACCUGUUAGCAAAAAACAAAAAACAAAAAAAAAAAUGGUUUGGCAGCCCAGGCGUGUUUGUGUGAAUGUCUGCACAUUACUCUACAUGCGUGGAUGAACGUUUGUGCGUGCUGGUGCUUAUUUUUUUUCAGUGCAUUUUAUUUUUUACGCGUGAAUGGUUUCCGCUGCACGCAGCACUUCUUCAAGAUAAGACCGCCGGUCGCCGCUCCUCGUCUGUUUGUCUUUAACAUUCCUCACUCGGUAGCACCCUGUGCGAUUCCCUCUCAUGCCACUGACACGGGGCGUGAGCUGCUGUAUUCGACAUCAGUGGCACUCUAGGAGCCGUGUUGUACGACCAGUCGGUUCUUUCUUCGGACUCGGCACAAAAGCGCUCCAGUCACGGCUGACAAAUCAACUUCUGAUCGAGUUUGCGUUUUGUACAGUGGACAGUUCAUCUUGGCUUCAGAUGGUAAUUACUUGACUGUUUCUCUAGGUGAGCGCGUGUGAGCGUGGGUUUGUUUGUGUGUAUGUACGUGUCAUUAUUUGUAUGGGAUCACGACAAUCCCGUUGGUAGAAGAGUGAGCCCGGACUCAUUCUCCUCGUGUGGUUAAGAACACUGAGUAUUUAUUAAAUUUAUUGUUAUUCUCUGAAAGGUUUAAUUAUUAUUAUUAUUAUUAUUAUUAUUACGAUGCAUUCCUGGGAUAUCUGUAUAUAUUUGUUAAAAUAACAGGAAAAACCAAGGAAAUCCUGGGAAACGGCUCACUGAAACAUCCACGUUGUCUUCAGUCUCAACCUGUGACAUUUUAUGGGUUUGAUGAGGAAUAAGUGUGAAAUGUGAUGAAUGAGAGACGAAUAAAAAACAAAGAAACAUGC